AUGACGCAAGUGUCGGACAAGGCCUCGGUGCGGCCCAUGGGGUUGUGUGUGUUUUGUGGCCUGCCCGCGGCGGGCAAAACCACUCUGGCGCGGGCGCUGAGCGAGUCUUUGAAGCAGCAGAAAGGCUGGCGCUGCGUUCACCUCACCUACGACGACCUCACGCCUCCGGAAGCGUUCAGCCAAUCGGAAACGAGCUCAGGACAAGAGGGGCAGCCAUCCUCGGCAUCCUGCUGGAAAUUGUACCGACAUGAAUUAUUGCUGUGCCUUGAACACUUCCUGCAGGCUCUUAUUAAAGGAUGCCAUUAUUUGCCUCCUCCAAAAGGAACUGAAGUAACCUGGAAAAACUUUGUUUGCUGUUUGAAAGAGCAAGGCUUAAUAUCUCUGGGAGCAGAAGGCACAGCAUCUUGUCAAUGUUUAAUCAGUAUUACCACUCUCAGACCAACAUAUUUUAUUUUAGAUGAUAACUUUUAUUAUCGAAGUAUGAGAUAUGAAGUGUACCAAUUAGCUCGCAAAUAUUCACUGGGCUUCUGUCAGUUGUUUUUAGACUGUCAGGUUGAGGUCUGUCUACAGAGAAAUUGUCAGAGAACUCAGCCAUUACCUGAGGAAACCAUAUGUGCAAUGGCGCAGAAGCUGGAAGUCCCAAAUUCAGAGAAAUACACAUGGGAGCAGAACAGCCUCAUUUUGAAGAGUACAGAAUAUACUUUGGAGGACAAUCUCCAGUUGUUCAGUUUGUUGUCUACUACUUUGGAAAAUCCCGUGAAACUGUUGGAAGAAAAUACAAAACUCAAGGAAGCUGAUCGAGCUCUUUGUGCAGCCAGUUUUCUUCAUCAAGCUGACCAGGCUGUCAGGCGAAUUGUCUCUCAAACAAUGAAGAACGCAAAAGAUAGUAAGCUUACCCCAAGUGAGAUGAAGAGCUUGGCACAGGAACUCAAUAAGCUGAAAGUGGAAUUCUUGGAAGAUUUAAAACACCAGCAUAAUGAGAAGAAACAGUGUUAUUCAGCAAGCGCACUUGCUAUAAACACAUCUUUAUUCCACCAACAGGCAGAUGAUAUUGCUAAGAAAUACUUAUUAAGCCGGUAGCAGUGUGU